AUGAAAUUCUUUGUUAUUGCUUUGAACUUGUUUCUUUUGACUUUAAUAAAUUGUGUUAACGGAUAUCGAGUUGGUGAUAGAAAUCUUUUAAAUAUAAGUGAUCCUGAAAUAAUCAGGUUGAGCAAAAUUGCUUUGUUAAAAUUAAACGAAGAAAAAAAUAUUUUUAACCAAGAAAAGAUAUUAGUGAAAAUUUUAAAAGCAUCUAAACAAAUUAUAUCUGGGUCUUUAACAGAAUUAACCCUUCAAAUAUUGGAGAAAAAUGUUCCAAAAUAUUACGUAGCAAAAAUUUGGGAACGACCUUGGUUAAAUAAAACAGAAGUUACAUUUUUUGAUUAUAAAAAAACUACAAAAAAAAUUGAUAAUGAAAUAAUUAAUAAAAAUGAAUAUUUGCUUCAAUCUUUUAAAGACUUUGUUUUGAAAUUUAACAAAGUUUACUUUAGUAAAGAAGAAUUCAAAAAACGUUUCCGAAUAUUCCGUGCUAAUAUGAAAAAAAUUAAUUUUCUAAACAAAGCUGAAAAAGGCACUGCUCAAUAUGGUAUAACAGAAUUUUCUGAUUUAUCAGUCACAGAAUUUAAAAACUACCUUGGAUUGAAAAAAAAACCUGAAUCAAAACUUCCUACAGCAGAAAUUCCUGAUGUAAAAUUACCUGAUAAUUUUGACUGGAGACAUUAUAAUGCAGUUACUCCUGUUAAAAAUCAAGGAUCAUGUGGUUCUUGUUGGGCUUUUUCUGUUACUGGAAAUAUUGAAGGUUUAUGGGCCAUCAAAAAACACGAAUUAUUAUCUUUGUCGGAGCAAGAAUUAAUCGAUUGUGAUAAAAUCGAUAAUGGUUGUAAUGGUGGAUAUAUGCCUGAAACCUAUGAAGCCAUUAUGAAAUUAGGUGGAUUGGAAACAGAAACUGAUUACCCAUAUGAAGCAGAAAAUGAAAAAUGUAAUUUAAAUAAAACUGAGAUAAAGGUUAAAAUUAAUGGUGCUGUGAAUUUAACAAAGUCUGAAUUGGAUAUUGCUAAGUGGUUAUAUAAAAAUGGUCCAGUUUCUGCUGGCCUAAAUGCGAAUGCAAUGCAAUUUUAUUUAGGUGGAAUUUCGCAUCCUCCAAAAAUAUUGUGCAAUCCGGAAGAACAAGAUCAUGGAAUAUUAAUUGUAGGUUAUGGAAUACACAAAUCUAGUAUUUUAAAAAGAACCAUUCCAUAUUGGAUAAUUAAAAACAGUUGGGGCAAACAUUGGGGAGAAAAGGGGUAUUACAGAUUGUACAGAGGGAGUGGCGUUUGUGGAAUUAAUCAAAUGGUUUCUUCAGCGUUGAUUAAUUAA